AUGCCUGUGCCCUGGUCUUCAAAGAGGCAGCGCAUUUACAUACCGAACCUGGCGGAACGGGCACUCACCGUCAAACACUUGCGAGAAAUACGAACGCUUCUGAAGCGCCUGUGCAAGACGCACAUCUUGAAGCGCACCAAGACACAGGAACAGUUGACCUGGCAUGAUAUAAACCUGUACGACGUGACCGAUGAAGUCAUUAAGCCUGUAAUAUACUUCAAGGAGCAGGAGUGGAAGCUGCCGCAAGGUACUGAGAAGCGGCAGCGGAAGCUUUGGCAGUCUUUGUUGUGCUCCCCUGCAUGCAGUGCCGUCAUGCCAUCGAGCCCUCAAAGCGCACAAGGCAUGCCACAGCUUGCAGAAGGAUUUGCAGGGUAUUCGUGGGCAGAGUUUGUCAGCGAAUCUCCACUCCGGCCGCAGCUGAUGGUGAGCCAUUGGUGGGGUGGAAGAAGCUGGGUUGCUUUGAAGGAGGUGGGAUUCAAUGACUUCAUGACAGCCAUCGACAGCAUUGUGACUGACCGAGCUUUGAGCAUUGGCUCGACCAUUUGGGUUUGCACGUUUGCCAACAACCAGUUCGGUGAGGACUUGGGUGCCAGCAUCAUGGAAACCCCUUUCGUCAAGGCCAUUGAGUUUGCAGAGGCCACCAUCUUAAUGGUGGAUCGCGAUGCCGGAUCAUUGAAGCGGAGUUGGUGUUGCUUGGAGAUCCACUACACCAUCAAACUCGACCGAACCUUCGAAUUGUACACGUCAGCAGGGCUAGUCGGGUCCACUGCUGUGUCGUCUGGUCCCUUGGUUGAUGCUAUCUCCCAGUGGGAUGUGCGCGAGAGCCAAGCUUCGGAGGUAGCUUACAGAAGGCAGAUUCUGAAUUUUAUCGCAGGAGAGCCUGAGAAGAGUGGUCUCUUGACAGCAGAUGGGACAACUGAAGGGGAGCUUGUGUUGAUUGGUGGCCGCCCGCAGCUGGAUCACAGCGAGGAUUUCGAGACCCUCAACAUGGACGUGCGUGUCUCGGUCAUUGGUCGCAUUGGCCCUCCCAAGAAAGCAAAAGGGUGCGACUUGCCGAAUAUUUGGCAUCGUGGGAUUAGUUUGGGUCAGCUCCGUACAUUUGCGCGGAAAGCAAGGACGGCGCUCAGCAAACUUUUGCCAGAGGUGCCGUGGGAGAGGAUGGCAGUAUGGCAAGUGUGCAGGCAUUUCAUUGUGCCAGAGACAGCGCGCAGAAAUUGUUCAUACGUGGAGCUUGUGACAGAUGGUCCCCAGAUUCCGAAUAUCUACGUUGACUAUCAGUUCACAAUGUAUUUUGCGGACAUCAUGUCUUCGAUUGAAUGGUUUGCGGAAGCGAUGCGGCUGAGAGACUCCGAGAUCGUUUUUUUCAACCUCUUGGGCGUCAAUCAGAAUGAGAAGGCUCUGAAGACAGAGAUGGCUAAAUUGUGGAUUGACCAAGAUCAGCUUAUCCUGGACAGGGCGCAGCGAGAAUGCCAGUCUUUGCUGGCAGCAACGGGAGACUCUGUGGCAACUGGGACAGAGAAUGUCAAAGGCGCCGGUGUUGUCCCCGCAAGUGACCUCCGUUGUGGCACUGAGGUCAGUAUGGAGACGGGAGCAACAGAGCCUUGGAGCAUGUCGCGGGCGUGGUAUUUUCCUGUUGUUGGUGUCUUGGCGGCCCGG